GUUAUAUAUCGCACUACUUGUAUAUAUAUAUGUUAAUAUAAGUUUUCAAUGGCGCGUCAAUUUGAUACACGCCCCACGAUAUUCUCCUCGGAGGGGCGCCUCUACCAGGUGGAAUACGCCAUCGAGACCGUUUCGUACGCCAACCCCUGUUUAGGCAUCAAGACCGAGGAGGGCAUUGUGUUAGUUGCCGAACACAACAGUUCGAAUCACUGCGAUCGAAUGGAGAAGAUAUACCAACUCAAUGAGAAUACACUGUGUGGCACGGCGGGGAUAGCGAGCGAUGUUCAGGUCCUGGUAGGCGAGGCGCGGGCCAUCGGGCAGCGCUUCCAAUUUUGCUACGGAGCCAUUAUGCCAACCGAACAGCUCACCUCCCAUCUGUGCGACAUCAUGCAGGCGCACACCCAGACUGGUGGAAAGCGGCCCUUUGGCGUGUACAUGCUAUUCGCGGGCUGGGACAAGGAGCUCGGCUAUCAGCUGCUGCAAUCCGAUCCCAGUGGCAACUACACCCUCUGGAGGGCCGUUUGCAUUGGCAAAAACUUCCUUGCUGCCACACACUUGUUGGAGCAGGAACUGGCAAAUAAGACAGGUUCUAUCAGUCUCGAGGACGCCAAACAGCUGGCCCUAAGGGCAUUGAGCAGGACUUCUCUGGCCACCGAGCUAUUGCCAGAUAUGGUCGAAGUGGCAACCCUACAGCGUUUGCAGGAUAAAACGCUUUUCACACGACUCGAGCCGUCCGAGGUGCAGGCGCUCUUUAACAAGCAGAAGGCUAAACCCACAGCUUAACAGGCGCACUCCUCUUCAGGGCUUUAAGCCACGCACUUUUCUUAGAUGUUGUGGUUUUCUUUGCUGUAUUGUUGUUGUUGCUGUUGUUGUUGUUGUGGUAUCUACACAGAAUAUUCAUAUUUCGGUUCAAUACACAAAGAACACAAAUCCCUCA